CAAAUGCGCGCCCGAUCAUCCGCUCCCUAGCGAUCCGCAGCGCACGGACGGGCGUCAUGGAGGAAUCCCUGGUGGGCAGGCUGGAGGCCGCGGUGUCCCGGCUCGAAGCUCUCAAUGGAGCCGGCACGGUGAGCGGCGGCGGCGGCGGCCAGGUCGACCAUGCGGCGGCGCAGCAGGACCCCGCGGUCCUGGCGUUCGAGGAGCUCGUCGCCGGAGCCGUCGGGAGGGUGUCGGCGGCGGCGGGCAAGAUCGGGGCGGAGGUCGCCGAUGUGACCAGGGUGAUGGAGAAGGCGUUCUUGGUUGGCAAGGACCUUCUUGUCAGGACCAAGGAAACUCCGAAACCAACCAUGGAUUCCAUGGCAGCGUUCAUGGGGCCUCUGAAUGAGGCAAUAUUGGAGGCAAACGCGUUGGCGGAGGGGACGAGAUCCAGCCAUGGCAAUCAUCUGAAAGCAGCCGCCGGUAGCUUGUCCGCUUUGGCGUGGAUUGGGUACACCGGAAAAGAUUGUGGUAUGCCACUUCCAAUUGCCCAUGUAGAAGAGAGUUGGCAAAUGGCAGAGUUUUACAGCAAUAAGGUGCUUGUGGAGUACAAAAAUAAGGAUUCUGAUCAUGUAGAGUGGGCGAAAGCUCUAAAAGAGCUCUUUGUACCCACAUUGCGUGACUAUGUGAAGAAGUUUUACCCUUUAGGUCCCGUGUGGCUACCUCCUGGGAGUUCAACAAGCAAGGCACCUUCUGCUCCCUGCCCUCCUUCUGCGUCUCUUUUCACCUCUUCAUCUCAGUCAUCUCAGCCAAAAACUGGAAUGUCGGCUGUUUUUGCUGAAAUCAGCUCCGGGAAAUCAAUGACACAAGGUCUUAGGACGGUGACAGCUGACAUGAAGAGCAAAAAUAGAACAGAUAGAACUGGUGUGGUAGCCACUGAAGGAAAAGAGCGUAAAGAGGCUCACAAGGCACCCUACUCAAGUUCAACCAAAUCCCCUGCUAGAUUGGAACUCCAAAUGGGUCGCAAAUGGAUCGUUGAACACCACAUUGGCAACAAGAACUUAAUAAUUGAAGAUUGUGACACCAAGCAAUCAGUAUAUGUAUUUGGAUGCAAGGAUUGUGUGCUACAAGUCAAAGGAAAAGUGAACAACAUAACUAUUGAUAAGUGUGGAAAAAUGGGACUACUGUUCAAGGGUGUUGUUGCCGCUUGUGAAAUUGUAAACUGUAACAGUGUAGAGGUCCAAUGUGAGGGCUCAGUUCCAACUAUAUCAAUCGAUAAUACUUCUGGCUGCCAACUUUAUUUAAGCAAGGAAUCUUUAGAGACAUCUAUAACGACUGCUAAAUCUAGUGAAAUUAAUGCUCUUGUUCCAGAUGCAAACAGCGAUGGUGAUUGGGCCGAGCAUUCUUUACCCCAGCAGUUCAUUCAUGCUUUCAAAGAUGGUCAAUUUACAACAUCACCAGCAUGUCACUCCGGCGGCUGACCAGCUCUGUUCGUUUGUUAUUACAUUUACUUUCUUUUGUUUAGAUUAACUAGCUACCCUCCCAUCCUGGUUUGUAACAUGGAGCAAUCCAGUUCUGUUCAUUUGACUCAGGUACUGCACAUUUUUCCCUCCCAUAACAUAUAAUCCUACAGUUCCAACUACUUCCAAUUUAGGAAGAAACAACAUAUCUGAUGUCAAAUAAGGAUGUAUGUAAUUCAGUAAUUUUGUAACAGUUCUACUGAAUGCAAUAUACUCUCGAGUCUCAAUUCUCAAACGAAAAAAAAAUGGCUUCAGUUCAUUCAUAUG